AUGUCGAUGGCCGCCUCUACAGUUCCUGUUUCCUUCUCAGGAGGGAAUCAUACCAAGAACAUCAAUAUUUCAGCUGUAAACCCAGGUGCCUUUGUUAAGUCUCGACAAUUAACGUUUCAGUCCAAGACUCGCUCUCGAUUGUGUGUCCGUGCUCGACAGAAUGACCACAACAGCGGAAGUGGUGCUGAUUUUGUAGCUGGUUUCGUUUUAGGAGGUGCAGUAUUUGGAACACUCGCAUAUAUAUUUGCUCCACAGAUUAGAAGAACACUGCUAAAUGAAGAUGAAGAUGAAUUCGGCUUCAAGAGGGCCAAAGGACCUAUUUACUAUGAUGAAGGUUUAGAGACGACCAGGCAUACAUUGAAUGAAAAAAUCCGCCAACUCAACUCCGCUAUUGACAAUGUGGCAUCCCGUUUGAAAGGUGGCAUUAAUUUGCCUCAGGUGCCAGCUGACCCUGAUGCUGAAGAAGCUGUUGUGUAA